AUGUGUAACAGUGUUGAUGGCAAUUGUAAUGGUUGUAUUCCUGGUAAACAGGGAAUGUUUUGUGAUCAUGACUGUGACACAACAUAUUACGGCAAUAAUUGUACAAAAAGGUGCAGCAAUAACUGUAGAGACCAGAUUUGUAACAAUUUUGAUGGUACAUGUAACAGCUGUGUUACUGGAAAACAGGGUAACGCUUGUAACGAGGAAAAGCAUGUUGAUAAUUUAUUGGGACCUGGAAUUGGAAUCGGUAUUGGAAUCAUGUGCGUUGUCAACAUUAUCAUCAUUGCUGUUAUUUGUCUAGCUCGAAGGACAAACGUGACCAACGGCUCAACAAGCACUGUAAACGAGAACCUGUAUGAUCUAGAAGAGAGAUCACCCCAGCAUUAUGUUAACUCACUAAAUGAAAGCAGAAGAGAGAAUAUCAAUGAUUCAUCAGAAAGACAGCCUGAAGGAAACAACAAUGAUACAGUUAAUGCCUCGAAUAUUUACAACACAUUAAACGAUCAAUACUAUGAUGAUCCAAAAUAUGUUACUCUUGUAUCUAAAUGA